UACAGAUGCACUUCAGGAUAUUAUGUAAUCUGCAUUAUUAAAAAUUUCAGCAGGUUUCAAGAGAGAGCAAGAGAAAUGGAGUACUUGAAUCUUCUUCUGUUAAUUCUACUUCCUGUAACGCUUCUCAAAGUAUUUUCAUGGAUUACUAAAUCUUCACCCACAAAUCUCCCACCCGGUCCUAUUCCAUUGCCCGUCUUUGGAAAUCUUUUUAAACUUGGAAAGAAGCCUCACGAGUCACUCACUCAAUUAGCUCAAAUCUACGGACCCUUGAUGUCACUAAAACUCGGUUUCUUAACAACAAUAGUCAUUUCUUCUUCAACUAUAGCCAAGGAAGUCUUACAAAAACAUGAUCAAUCAUUUUCAAGUCGCACCGUUAUAGACGCGGUUACAGUACUUAAUCACCAUGAAUCUUCAAUCGUAUGGUUACCUCCUUCACCUCAGUGGAGAACUCUUAGAAAAUUAACCAACUCACAUAUUUUCACUACCCAAAAACUUGAUUCAAAUCGAAGCCUAAGGCACCGAAAGCUAGAGGAACUUGUUUCUUACAUACGGAAAAGCGCAAGUGCUGGUUCUGUGAUUAAUAUCGGUCAAGCUGCAUUUACUACUGUGCUUAAUUUGAUAUCGAAUAGUUUCUUUUCGAUUGAUUUAGCUGAUGAUUUUGGUUCAGAUUCUGUUUGUGUUUUUAAAGAUGCCGUUAGAGGAGCAAUGUGUGAAGCAGGAAAACCAAAUUUGUCCGAUUAUUUUCCAAUGAUUAGAUUCAUGGAUCUUCAAGGUGUGAGACGUGGUAUGAGUAAGCAUUUCGGAGUAUUGGAUGAGAUAUUUGAGAAGAUUAUAGAAAAGAAAUUGUUGACUCUACAGUCUAGAGAGGGGAAAGGUGACUUGCUAGAUAUGAUUCUUGAUCCAUCCCAUGAUAUCGGAAUCCAACUUCAACGUCAUGAAAUCAAAUCUUUACUCAAGGACUUCUUUGCUGCUGGUACAGAUACUACCUCGGCCACGAUAGAAUGGGCAAUGGCGGAAUUACUUCACAACCCAUCUAAGAUGGCAAAGGCUCAAUCAGAGCUUUCGGACAUUUUAGGGAAAGACGGACAGAUUGAAGAAUCAGAUAUCGGUCGACUACCUUACUUGCAAGCAAUUGUCAAAGAAACGCUUCGACUACACCCACCAGCACCGUUUUUAGUUCCUCAUAAAGCAGAUAACAAUGUUGAAAUUCAUGAUCUCGUUGUCCCUAAAGGUGCUCAGGUACUAGUCAAUGUAUGGGCAAUUGGUCGAGAUCCUAUCCAAUGGAAGGACCCAACUUGUUUUAUCCCUGAAAGAUUUUUAGAUUCGAAAACUGAUUAUAAAGGUCAAGAUUUUGGGUUGAUUCCAUUUGGAUCGGGUCGUCGAAUUUGUCCUGGUUUACCAUUAGCACACAGAAUAAUACACUUAAUUGUGGGUUUGCUUAUACAAUCAUCAUUUGAUUGGAAACUAGAAAAUGGAUUGAGGCCAGAGGAUUUGGAUAUGGAGGAAGAAUUCGGGUUUACAUUAGCCAAGGCUACUGGUCUUCGAGCAAUUCCAAUAAAUAGAUUAUAAAUGAUGGAAAUUCCUAACUGAUUGUAGUUUAUUAAGAAGGAUUAACUAGGGUAUACCGGAAAUAAUUUGGGAAUAUUUUACUAUUCAUGCUAGCAUGGAAAAAUCAUACCGAUUUUAGUUGCCGUCACAAAUGGUAAAAUAUUCUCCAAUUAUUUGCGAUAUACCUACCCCUGUUAAUCGCUCUUGAUUAAUAUGGAGUGUUAUAGAUCCUACGACAUUGUCCUAGAAAUUGCUAUGUAUUUGGGAAGGUUUUUAUUCCUUGAGCAGUAAGAUGCAAAAGCGAAUGAUAACUUAAUAUAUUGUGAAGAUCGGUGCUGAAAUGUUUUGAGCAUUAUUUGUGCAGUUUGAAUGGCCUAGCAAUAUUUUGCCACGUCUAGAAAUUGUCAUGAAAUGUUCUCAUAUAGGUGUGAUUAUAGCACACUUUAAUUGACUUUUUUAUUCUUUUC